GACUACGGCUGUCAUCACCGCCUGCCUGAUGGAUGACUCCGGCUGUCAUCACCGCCUUCGUGGUGGUGACUCCGGCUGUCGUCUCCGCCUACCUGGUGGCGAUUCCGGCUGCCACCUGCCUGGUGCUGACUACGGCUGUCAUCGCCGCCUCCCUGGUGGUGACUACGGCUGUCAUCGCCGCCUCCCUGGUGGUGACUCCGGCUGUCAUCGCCGCCUACCUGGUGGUGACUCCGGCUGUCAUCGCCGCCUACCUGGUGGUGACUCCGGCUGUCAUCGCCGCCUACCUGGUGGUGACUCCGGCUGUCGUCUCCGCCUACCUGGUGGCGAUUCCGGCUGCCACCUGCCUGGUGCUGACUACGGCUGUCAUCGCCGCCUCCCUGGUGGUGACUACGGCUGUCAUCGCCGCCUCCCUGGUGGUGACUCCGGUUGUCAUCGCCCCCUAUCUGGUGGUGACUCCGGCUGUCGUCUCCGCCUACCUAGUGGCGAUUCCGGCUGCCACCUGCCUGGUCGUGACUCCGGCUGCCGCCAGCCUGGUCGUGUAGGACUACAGCUGUCACCGCCGCCUCCCUGGUGGUGACUACGGCUGCCAUGACCGCCUGCCCGAUGGUGACUCCGGCUGUCAUCGCCGCCUUCGUGGUGGUGACUCCGGCUGUCAUCGCCGCCUCCCUGGUGGUGACUCCGGCUGUCACCGCCGCCUCCCUGGUGGUGACUACGGCU